AUGGCCGAUCCGCAGAAGCACCCCGACGAGGCGACACCCCAAGAACCCACCCCCGCCAAAGAAGCCGCGGUCUCAACCUCCUCAACACCUCAUGAGCUGCCCACGCCAAAAAGCACGCCCCAAGAAAGCAUACGCAGCAAGACUCCCGAACUGAGUGAAGCGGGCUACCAGAGGCUUGCGGCGUUCCUGGAAAAGGUGUUUGGCGAGGCGGAGGCGGGGGCUGACGGUGAAGGGGAGUCGGAUAAUAGUUCGGCGCUCAUAGGGCUUAUAGGGCGGGAGUCGGCGGUUCGGGCGAGGAGACAUCAGGCGUGGGUGGAGGAGGUGCCUGAGGAUGGGGAUGGUACGGGGCGUUAG